AUGGAUAAAAGCAACAAGUGGGAAAGACGGGCUCCUCUGACUCCUUCACACUGUGCUAGACUGCUGCAUGGUGGCAGGGGUAAGACUGGAGUGUCACGUAUCAUUGUGCAACCAUCUACGAAGCGCAUUCAUCAUGAUGCUCUCUAUGAAAAUGUUGGAUGUGAGAUAUCGGAGGACUUGUCCCAAUGUGGUCUCAUCUUGGGUAUCAAACAGCCCAAGUUGGAGAUGAUUCUUCCUGAUAGGGCGUAUGCCUUCUUCUCCCAUACUCACAAGAUCUUAGCUGAAAGGGCAUCUCUGUUCGACUAUGAGCUUAUAGUUGAAGACACUGGAAAGAGGUUACUAGCAUUUGGAAAAUUUGCUGGUAGAGCUGGAAUGAUUGAUUUUCUACGUGGAUUGGGACUCUGGUAUCUCAAUCAUGGCUACUCAACACCUUUUCUUUCACUCGGCUCAUCUUACAUGUACUCUUCAUUGGCUGCGGCUAAGGCUGCAGUGAUUUCUGUUGGUGAAGAGAUAGCAACUAUGGGACUUCCAUCGGGAAUCUGUCCUCUUGUAUUUGUUUUCACUGGUUCUGGAAACGUGUCUCGUGGUGCACAAGAAAUUUUUAAGCUUCUUCCUCAUACAUUUGUGGAUCCAAGAAAACUUCCAGAGCUACAUGAGAUGGCCAGAGAUCUUACUCAAUCAAAGCAACCAUCAAAGAUAAUCUUUCAAGUGUAUGGUUGUGUAGCAACCUGCCAAGACAUGGUGGAACAUUUAAAUCCUUCAAAAUCUUUCAAUAAGAUGAAUACCGAAUUGGUCGAAUUCUACAAAAAGGAAAUUGAUAAUUUAUUGCAAAAGGGUUUAAUAAAACCUUCCAAGUCACCCUGGUCUUGUACUGCAUUUUAUGUUAAUAACGCAGCAGAAAAAGAACGAGGUGUUUCCAGAUGUAUCGAAGAAGUAGCUUCUUUUGAAGAGCUUGCUAGUUUUAUCAAAGCUCAUUCCUCCCCUUUGUAUAAUUGGAGAGCUGGAUGA